UGUGCCAAGCAGCAACAGCAGCAGCAACAACAACAACAACAAGAACAAAAGCUUUGUGUGUGUCUGUGUCUGUGUCUUGUUAUUGUAUAUGUGUCGCUGAAUUCUAAAUGAUGGACGCCGCAUACUAAACAAUGGCGUGUUAACCAACAACAACAACAACAACAACAGAAGCAGCACUAAGCUGAAAGUGAAACGGAGCGUUGCUGAUAAGUACAGCAUAAGCGCAAAUAGGAAAAUAAAAACAACAAAAACCAAAAAAACAAAAACAAAACGAAAACAAAGGAUCAGUUGGCAAAGCAUAAGCGGCAAAGCAAUUGGAAAAUCUAUUGGAAGUGAGCUGCAUGCAAUUUCAGCCGGUGGCAGCCGGUGGUGCAGCCUGAGCAAAAAUAACCACGACGACGACGACGACGCCGAGGACAAAUUCACCUGCCUUUUGACAGCGACAGCGAUUGGAGGGAGGAGCCGGCAGGUAGCUGUAGGCGGCAGGCGGCGGUAAGCAUCCUGUGCUGUGGGCAUGUCCACAGCCAAAAGACUGGUGCUCUCGCUACGUGGACGUAAAAAUUCGCAGGGCAACUCGGCGACAUCGUCGACGCGGCUCGUAUCCGCUGGCACCUCGCCGGGCCAUGAGCUGGACGAAAUAGCCGUUGUCUCCGGCACCGGUUCGACUAGCCAUCAUUUCUCCUAUGGCGGCUGCAUUGGCAAUAACAACGACGCCAUCAGCGCCGCGGCUGUGGCCUGUUAUUCAACAGAUCUAGGCCCCAAGUUUGGCAUGUCCCAGCCGAAAUUCGGUCAGAGCGUCUCGCAACAAGGUUUCUUUACGUCGCAUGACAGCCUGGCCACACCAUGUGCAUCCAGAGCAUCGAACUCGCAUAUGGCCAACGUAAGCACUGCCUCCGAAAUGGAUUUACUGCACAACAACAAGCAACGCCCCAACAACAACAAGUCGCGCGGACGCCUGAAAACAAUUGGCGGCGAUCAGCCACUGCUGGGCACCUGGAAUCGAUCCACAGGCCGCGGCUCGCAGGAUAACACGCUAGGUGGCGGCGGUGCUGGCAGUGCUGCUGCUGGCGGUGGUGCCACCAACAUGCUCAUGGGCCACACACAAUAUGGCGGCAACUACUGCAAUGGCACAGAUCGCUACCCGCGCUCACGUUCGCAACAGCACCACAAUGCCGGUCAAGCAACGCACCACCCAUACCAGCUGCAGCACUCGGCCUCCACGGUAUCGCACCACCCGCAUGCGCAUGGCCAAUCCGCACAAGGCGGUCCCGGUCCACCUCACGGCGGCCAUCCACACCAUCAGUCACAUGGUGGYAUUGGUGGUGGUGGUGGUGCUGGUGGCAGCGCUGGCGGCGGCCACUCAACCCAGCCGCACCACCAGAAACCGCAUCGUACUGCCUCGCAGCGCAUUCGCGCCGCCACAGCUGCCCGCAAGCUGCACUUCGUGUUCGAUCCGGCGGGGCGGCUCUGCUACUAUUGGUCCAUGGUGGUUUCCAUGGCCUUUUUGUACAAUUUUUGGGUGAUAAUUUACCGCUUCGCCUUUCAGGAGAUCAAUCGUCGCACCAUUGCCGUUUGGUUCUGCCUGGACUAUCUGUCCGAUUUUCUCUAUCUCAUUGACAUAUUCUUUCACUUUCGCACCGGCUAUCUGGAGGAUGGGGUCCUUCAAACGGAUGCACUGAAGCUGCGCACUCACUACAUGAACUCGACGAUCUUUUACAUCGAUUGCCUGUGCCUGCUGCCGUUGGACUUUUUGUAUUUAUCGAUUGGCUUCAAUUCGAUACUGCGCAGCUUUCGUCUGGUGAAGAUUUAUCGAUUUUGGGCCUUCAUGGAUCGCACCGAACGGCACACAAACUAUCCAAAUCUGUUUCGAUCGACGGCCCUAAUACACUAUCUGCUUGUGAUAUUCCAUUGGAACGGCUGCCUCUACCACAUCAUACACAAGAACAAUGGCUUCGGCUCACGCAACUGGGUCUACCACGACUCCGAGUCGGCGGAUGUGGUCAAACAGUAUCUGCAGAGCUACUACUGGUGCACACUGGCAUUGACCACCAUCGGGGAUCUGCCCAAGCCCCGCUCGAAGGGAGAGUACGUCUUUGUGAUAUUGCAAUUGCUAUUCGGCCUGAUGCUAUUCGCCACGGUUCUGGGACAUGUGGCAAAUAUUGUGACGUCAGUGAGUGCGGCGCGCAAGGAAUUUCAGGCCAAGCUGGACGGAGUUAAGACGUACAUGCGCAUGCGGCGUGUUCCGAAUCAUCUGCAGGUGAAGGUCAUCAAAUGGUUCGAUUACCUGUGGCUCACGCAAAAGUGCUCAGACGAGGAGCGCGCCGUAUCCUGUCUUCCUGAUAAAUUAAAGGCUGAAAUAGCAAUUAACGUCCAUUUAGAUACACUUAAGCGGGUUGAGAUUUUUCAAAAUACCGAAGCGGGUUUCCUUUGCGAAUUGGUGCUGCGACUGCGACCCGUACUCUUCUCUCCGGGCGAUUACAUUUGCCGCAAAGGCGAGGUGGGCAAGGAGAUGUACAUUGUGAAUCGUGGACGAUUACAGGUCGUCGCUGACAAUGGCAAGACGGUGAUGGCCUCGUUAAAGGCAGGUUCCUAUUUCGGCGAAAUUAGUAUACUGAAUAUGGGCACCGCAGGCAACAGACGCACCGCCAGCGUCCGCUCAGUGGGCUACAGCGAUCUGUUCGUGCUCAGCAAAAAGGACAUGUGGGACGUGCUCAAGGAAUAUCCGGCGGCUCGCGUUCGUCUCGAAUCGAUAGCCGUCAAGCGCUUGGAGAAAUACAAGAAGGCGCCACUGGAGAAAGUCAAAUACUUUAAUGUAGUUGCCAUGGGCCGUUGCCAGUCAACGCCGGGAUUGGUGGAGAGCUGCGGUCGCACCACUUUGGAGGACAUGUGGCUGCCCCCCGCUGCCGGCAAUAUGCUGCAUCAUGUGCAGCAACAUCAGCAGCAACAGCAGCAGCAGCAGCAACAGCAACAUCAGCAGCAACAGCAACAGCAGCAGCAACAACAACAACAACAGCAGCAGCAGCAGCUGCCCCAUUCACAUGGCUACAGUCCACGCAGCUAUACGGAGCAUUUGGUGCGUGCCACCGACUCGCCGCGUUCGAUUAGUCCCAGCGCACACGGCUCCGAGGAGAGGCCAAGGAGCCGCGCCACCUCGCACCACUCAAUGCGGCCGCAGUCGCAACCGAGUCAUACAGGUCACAUUUGCGAUUCGAGCUCGCAGCUGGAAUGCUAUGGCGGUGGCGUGGGUGGCGCUGGCGGCGGCACCACACCGCUGCUCGGCUCUCAUGAGGCACUCGAGGAUGAGAUUAAGCGGUUGAGAGAACGUCUCCAUACCGUUGAGUCAGAGAAUCAGGCUCUAAACACUAAGCUCUCGCAGCAGCAAUGGGACUUGGAAAAUCGUCUGGCUGAGAUUGAAAUGCAAAUCUGUGGCGUUUCGUCCACGUCCAGCGUGGAUCCAGAGAACGAGGCCGAGGAGCUGGAACGGAAUCGCGAGAGUAUCAUAUAACACGGGAGCGUGCUGCCCCAUCAGCAUCAGCCGAUCGGUAUGGUGUACAUAUCAUGUUCCUCAUGACUCCAUGAUUCAUACAAGAAAAUCGAAAGAAAACCAAAAAAAGAAUGCAUACAAUAUAUAUAUUAUAUAUAUAUAUUUGAGAAAUGGGCGUGGAGCUGCCGCCCGCUACGAAAUGCGCCUCAUAUGAAUUUGCAUCAUACUCUCUGUCUCUGUCUCUAUCUCUCUGUCUCUCUCUUUUGCUCUCUCAAACUCACUGUGUUCGUGUGUGUGUCACGCCCCCAUACGCCCACAAUAUGUUGUACAUGUGUGUUUUAUACUGUUUCUAUAUCUGUGUGUGUGUGUGUGUGAGUGCGUAUGUGAUUGUGUGUGUGUGUGUGUGUGUGUGUGAUUGUUGUGCAUGCGGUUGAAAUAUUGCCAAAUUGCCUUACUAACCAACUGACCCCGACGCGAACAGGAGCAGCAGCUGCUAGCACAAGCAACAGCCACACAACGAGGGAGGAGCAACAGGAGCAGCAAGAGCAACUGCAACUGCAACUGCAACACCAGCAGCAGCAGGAGCAGCAGGAGCAGGAGCAGCAGCAGCGACUGCUGCGACUGCAACAAACUGGUCAAAUCUUGCGACGCAUGCAACGCGCCAGCAACAAUGCAACACAAACAACAACACACAACAACAAAGGCAACAACAAAUAUUGCUCGCUGUAGUACAAAAGAGAAAUGAGAUGGCAGUUUGGAGAAACUAGAAGAGACAAAAGAGCGCAAAGUGCUGGCUAACAAAAGGCCAUUCACCAUUCACCCCCCUCCCUCUCCCACUAAAAGGGCACUGCCACUAAGGUCUGCAUAGGUCAAUGCAAUAUGUACAUAAAUCUAAUAUCUACAAAAUAAUUCUAAUAA